AGUCACACGCUAAUGGUCCAAGUGGGAACACGAACCAAGAUAAAGUGUUGAGAUGGAUCAUCUCGUGAUCUGGAAGUGAAUCACUCUAUUUGUGGAAGUUCAUUGUCAUAUCACUAUCUGGGUGACCACCCUUCGCUCCUCUAAAAUGGAAUUGGAUGAAGGUCAAUACGAUGACUUGACUCUGCCCAUGUUGGAGGACAUUGCGAGCAAUUGUUCCCUGCGCUUGGAACACAUUCAGGCCUUAAAUAUCAGCAAUAUGAGCGUUCUCAUGAGACUCUACAAUAUGUGUGAACACACUUGGGACCCGGAUAAAACCUGGGAUGUGUACUACUGGGAGGAGCUCCUACCUCCUUUGUUCAUCUACAGCUUAACCCUUUCUCUUGGAGUCGUUGGGAACCUUCUGAUCAUUUGGGCCAUCCUUGGAUACCGAAAGAUGCAGACACCCACUAAUAUAUUUUUGGCCAGUUUAGCCAUGGCUGACCUCCUCCUUUGUGUUAUAUGUAUCCCAGUGAAGUUGGCUGAGCUUUUCUCGUUUUCGUGGACUUUUGGUCUCUUUUUGUGCAAGUUCGUGAACUACAUGCAAAACGUCUCGGCCAUCGCAUCCGUUAUCAACCUCACCGUGAUGAGUCUUGAAAGAUGUUAUGCCAUUGUUUAUCCCAUGAAGGCCAAAUCCGUGUGUACAGUGAGCAGAGCAAACAAGGCUGUGUGCAUGAUUUGGUUAUUGGCCAUUGUCCUAGCCAUCCCCACAUUAAUCGUUCAGACCAAAUUCUAA